GAGUAUAUUAACAUAACAAGUCAGCUGAUGGACUGUCAGGUGACUUGAGCUUCCCAACAGUAUAUUUUUCAGUGUAGAACUACUCAAUUUUUCUUUAAAAAUACUAAAAAAUGGCUUUACACAGUGCACAAAAAGGAAAACUAAUCUCUGUUAUCGGAGACGAGGAUACUUGUGUUGGAUUUCUCUUGGGUGGAGUUGGAGAAAUCAACAAGAACAGGCACCCCAAUUUUAUGGUAGUGGACAAAAACACUGCUGUCAGCGAAAUUGAAGAAACUUUCAAACGUUUUGUUAAACGAGAUGACAUAGAUAUUAUUCUGAUCAACCAGAACAUUGCUGAGAUUAUUCGUCAUGUAGUUGACAGCCACAACAGUCCCAUUCCGGCUAUUCUAGAGAUUCCCUCAAAAGACCAUCCAUAUGACUCUUCGAAAGACUCUAUUCUGCGCAGAGCAAAGGGUAUGUUCAAUCCAGAAGAUAUUCUUUAAAAGGAUUUCAGACAGACAAAAUUGUCAUAAGUAUUAUUACUGUUAUUUUAGUAAAAAAUCAAUAUAUUAUGUUGUAUAUAGCUUACAUUCCCUGUUCUAUCAUUUUAUUUCUAAAUAAACUUGUGUAACAAAUUC